AGUUGUUAAUUUUUAGGUCAUUUUAAAUAAUUUUCGUGUUGACAUAUGUUUUGGAUUGGCGGUCAUCCAAGAGUUGCGCGGCAAGUUGCAAGAAAAUUAUGCGGGACCACAUCCGAAGGUCAAUAAAGACCGAACUAGAAGUUUAGUAAGUCAGUCGGUCGUUCAUUUGGAAUUUGGUCCCGCGACUUUUAAGUUAACCGGGAACAAGUUGCCAUCAAAUUUUCGGUACUGAAAAUUAGUGCCGAUUUUCAUUUUACUUUUUCAUAGAUACAAAAAAAAAAGAAAGGAAAUUAUGUCGAAACCUAAGCAAAAAGUGUGCAUUGUUGGAAGUGGCAAUUGGGGUUCGGCUAUUGCAAAAAUUAUUGGUGCCAAUGCAGUUAAAUUUAAUAAGAAAUUUGAAGAAACAGUUACAAUGUACGUGUUUGAAGAAAUGAUUGAUGGUAAAAAAUUAACAGAAAUUAUUAAUGAACAACACGAAAAUGUCAAAUAUCUUCCAGGUCAUAAACUCCCACCUAAUGUGUUAGCCGUUCCAGACGUUGUGGAAGCUGCAAAAGAUGCAGAUAUUCUCGUUUUUGUAAUUCCUCAUCAAUUCAUUCCACCGCUUUGUGCUAAUUUACUUGGAAAAAUUAAACCAACCGCAGUAGGAUUGUCCUUGAUUAAGGGAUUUGCAACAGGAACUGAUGGCAGUAUUGAAUUGAUCUCGAAAAUUAUUGAGAAACAUUUGAAAAUUCCUUGUUACGUAUUAAUGGGUGCCAAUUUAGCCAAUGAAGUGGCCGAGGAAAAAUUCUGUGAAACAACUAUUGGUUGCAAAGAUAAACGUCUGGCACCACUACUCAGGGACAUCAUUCAAACAUCAGAUUUCAGGGUCGUUGUGGUAGAAGAUUGCGAAGCUGUCGAAGUCUGCGGUGCACUUAAGAAUAUUGUAGCAUGUGCAGCAGGAUUUGUGAGUGGUUUAGGAUUAGGCGACAACACCAAAGCGGCAGUAAUAAGACUUGGUCUUAUGGAAAUGGUUAAAUUUGUCGAUACAUUUUACGGUGGUUCUAAAUUGUCAACAUUUUUUGAAAGCUGUGGUGUUGCCGAUCUCAUCACCACUUGCUAUGGAGGAAGAAAUCGUAGAGUUUGCGAGGAAUUCGUAAAAUCUGACAAAUCAAUAAAACAACUGGAAGAUGAACUUCUGGGAGGACAAAAAUUACAAGGUCCAGCAACAGCAGAUGAAGUGAAUGGAAUGUUGAAAAUGAAAAGCAUGACCGAAAAAUUUCCAUUAUUCACUGCCGUUCAUCGUAUUUGUACUAAGGAAAUUAAACCUGCGGAAUUAAUAAAUCAAAUCCGCAAUCAUCCAGAACAUGUAAUGAGAAUGGAGGGAGUCAUUGAAGAUCCAGAUAAUUAGAAAUCGACAUUUCUGUCUUCAUUGUACAUUGGUCCAAAAAAAAAAAAAAAAAAAACUGCUGUUCAUGAUUAUCAAACAUGUACGGAUUUUAGUAUGAUAAAC